AUCAACCCAACAUUGAAUUAACAUUCGCAGUCGCAAGCGUAAUUAAGCCAAUAACCAAACAUAAAAUGACCCUUCUAACUCCCACGUUUCAUAGUUCCUUCUUCUUUUCACCUCUUACUUUUCGCAAACCACAAGGCCCUAAUCUUCCCCACCAAACAAUUAUUUUCCCUCUCCGAUGCAACGCAACCACAAACGUUGCCGUUUCUGAAAGAAAAUCGGCCAAAUACCAGCCAAACCUCUGGAAUUACGAUUUUCUGCAGUCCUUGAAGCAUGACUAUGUGGAUACAAGAUAUGAGGAGAGGGCAAGGAAGCUGGAAGAGGAAGUGAGGAGAAUGAUAAAGGAUGAAAAUAGAAACAUAUGGGUGAAACUUGAACUGAUUGAUGAAGUGAAACGCUUAGGCAUCGGAUACCACUUUGACAAGGAGAUAGGAGAAGCCCUUCAUAGGUGGGUCUCUUCUCAAAGAUUCAGUGGUGCAAUCACUGAUCACAGAAGCUUGCAUGAAAUUGCUUUAAGCUUCAGGCUCCUCAGAGAAUAUGGCUAUGAUGUCACAGCAGAUACAUUUGAGAAGUUUAAGGACCAGAACGGUAAUUUCAAGGCAAGUCUUGGCAGAGAUGUGAAGGGAAUGUUGAGUUUAUACGAGGCAUCGUAUCUGGGUUAUGAAGGAGAACAGAUUCUUGAUGAGGCAAGGGCUUUCAGUAGCUUCCAUCUAAGGGGUGCCCUAGAUGAAGGUAGAAUCAGUAGCAUGGUCUUAGAAGAAGUGAAUCACGCAUUGGAACUUCCACUGCAUCGUACAAUCCAAAGGCUUGAAGCCCGUUGGUAUAUUGAAUCUUAUGCUAAAAGAAAAGACGCUAACCAAGUGCUGCUUCAAGCAGCAAAACUUGAUUUUAACAUCGUACAGUCAAGACUGCAAAAUGAUCUCCAAGAAAUGUCAAGGUGGUGGAAAGGGAUGGGUCUAGCCUCAAAGUUGAGCUUCAGCAGAGAUAGGCUAAUGGAAUGCUUCUUUUGGACGGUUGGAAUGGCCUUCCAGCCUCAGUUUAGUGAUCUCCGCAAAGGUAUAACGAAAGUGACAUCCUUAAUAACUACAAUCGAUGACGUGUACGAUGUUUACGGCACCUUGGAUGAAUUACAACUUUUCACAUCAGCUGUUGAAAGUUGGGAUGUAAAAGCUGUUCAAGUUCUACCGGAUUACAUGAAGAUAUGCUUUUUAGCACUGUACAACACUGUCAACGAAUUUGCUUAUGAUGUUCUUAAAGAACAAGGACAAGAUAUCCUUCCCUACCUCACCAAAGCAUGGUCUGAUAUGUUGAAAGCAUUCCUACAAGAAGCAAAGUGGUGUCGCGACAAACACGUGCCAAAAUUCGAGGAGUACCUCAACAAUGCAUGGGUGUCAGUCUCUGGCGUAGUGAUACUCACCCAUGCCUAUUUCUUGCUGAAUCAUAGCAUAACAAAGGAGGCACUUGAGUCCUUGGACAAUUACCACUCCCUGUUGCAAACACCAUCCACUAUUUUUCGACUUUGCAAUGAUUUGGGUACUUCAAAGGCGGAGUUAGAGAGAGGUGAAGCAGCAAGCUCGAUUGUGUGUUACAUGCGUGAAAGUGGUGCUAGUGAAGAGGGUGCUUACAAAAACAUUCACAAUUUGCUUAAUGAAACGUGGAAGAAGAUGAACAAAGAUGGAAUCAAGCAUUCUCCUUUUCCAAAACCUUUUGUAGAAACUGCUAUGAACCUUGCAAGAAUUUCUCAGUGUACAUACCAGUACGGAGACGCACAUGGAGCCCCAGAUAACACAGCCAAGAAUCGCGUACGAUCCUUGAUAAUUGAACCCAUUGCCCUCUAAAGAUAACACUCAAAACUUUAUUGUACAUGAUUCCAAAGAGGACAUUAAUUUGACAUCGAUGGGGACGGAAGUAGAAAGUGUCUAAUAUAUUUUUAUAACCUUUUUCUUCAUCUAUGUUUAUCAGUUGUAUUAUAUAUUUUUACUUUUUAUUGUGUAUAUUACAACGUGCUCACAGCUACCAGUUUCAGUUUUUCUUAAGUUUAUGAAGGGAAGUUAUAGUUGGGCCUUCA